GGCCACACUCAUCACAAAAUAUUUGUUUAAAAACCUUGCCUCAAUAAUUGAACCAUCUCAUUUAUUCACGCCUGAAAAACUUCACAAGCAACUUUACCUAGCUUAACUAGCUACUGCAGUAACCAUGUUCUCAUCAGAUCUAUAUUUGUUUUACUUCAUCACCUUCUUCAAUCUCUCAAUGUCAAUUCCUACAUAUAUCUUAUCUCAAUUUGUCACUGCUCCUUAUGGCAAACACUCCCGUUCAGAUAAAUCAGAAACUACAAUGUCUCCGCCAAUUGCAUGGGCUUUCAUGGAAAGCCCAAUGCUUUGGCUUACAUUUCUCAUAUUUCCUUUUGGUAAAAAUUACGCCAAUCCUUUAGCGUAUUUAGUCAUUUCUCCUUACCUUAUUCACUAUAUAAAUCGUACAAUCAUAUAUCCCCUUCGUCUCGACACAAAAGCAUCUAAUAAAUUUCCACUCAACGUUGCAAUUAUGGGUUUUAUUUACAAUGUUUUGAAUGCAUACAUACAAAGUAGAUAUGUUUCUCACUAUGCCAACUAUGAAGAUGAGUGGCUUUGGACUAGAUUUGGUUGUGGGCUUUUUGUUUUUGGAUUUGGUAUGGUGGUAAAUGUUUGGGCCGAUGGGGUGUUAUUGGGCUUGAAAAGGCAAGGUGGUGGAUACAAGAUUCCAAGAGGUGGGCUUUUUGAGUACGUGAGUAGCCCAAACUAUUUUGGUGAGAUAAUGGAGUGGUUGGGUUGGGCUUUAAUGACGUGGUCAUGGGCCGGGCUUGCAUUUUUGGUGUACUCUUCUUCUAACUUGGUUCCUCGAGCUGUUUCAACUCACAAGUGGUACUUGGAGAAAUUUGGGGAAGAUUAUCCUAAGAAUAGAAAAGCUAUUUUUCCAUUUUUGUAUUGACAUUUUGUAUCUCUUGUGAUUUUUAUGCAAUGCAAUAAAAAUUGUCUGGAUGGUUGUUACAUAUUGGAUUGUAUUGUAUUGUUAGUUUAAAUAAAUAUAAUGUUUGUUUUGAUUUUA